GAGGGCUCAGAGCAGCGGUGCCAGGUGAGGGCGCAGUGCCAGAUGCUCCGUCGGGACUACGCCAUAUUUCCCUUAACUGCUGAUUGUUAGCGGGCCCUCAGAAGGGGUGAAGGCCGUGUGCGUGGAAGGGCGAAUGCGCGUGGCGCUAUGCUGCUCCGUCUGAGGCAGCUGGGGCAGGCGGCGCUCCUGCUGGCGGUGGCGGCCAGCCUGGUGCUCCUGUUCGCGGGGCGCGAGCUCAGGCCCUCCCCCGGGGGCACGGCGCCCGUGGCAGCGCGCCCGGGGCCCAGCCAGCAGGGGCGGGGCCUGGGCGGGGGGCAGGGGGGCGAGGAGGAGGAGGAGGAGGAGGAGGGGGAGGCCAACCUGCCGCCGCAGGAGGCCGUUCCGCUGAGCUCGCAGGAGAACGACCUCCUGUACAGGCCGCCCCUGGACAUCGCGCUCAUCUUCACGCACGCCAAGGACAACGCGCCCUUCCAGUCCAAGCUCCGCGUCGCCGUGGGGUCGCUGCUGCGGGCGGCGUCGGCCCCCCUGCGCCUGCACCUCAUCACGGACGCCCACGGCUUCCACAUCGCGUCGCAGGUCAUCAGCGCCGUGCAGGCGGGCAGUCGGCUGGACUCCAGAUACGUCAAGCUGGUGUACGUAGCAGCGGAGGAUUUCAUCCCGGAAAUCGAGAGCUCGGUCACUGUCCUGCAGGAUUUCUUCACUACGAGGAGGGACGCCUACUACCGAGACGCGCUGUUCUUCUUCUCCCUCUUCUUGCACAGACUUCUGCCGGGCUUGGAGCGUAUCAUGCUCAUGGAUAUAGAUAUUAAGGUGAAGGGAGACAUCGCAGAGCUGUACUCCCACUUUGAGCGCUUCAGCCCGACCAACGUGAUAGGGAUGGCCCUCGAGCAGUCUCCCGUGUACCUCCACCUCCUCUCGCUCUAUCGCCGCAGCAACCCUAAGACGACCCUGGGCAGUCCGCCGGGUCAGGGUGGCUUCCCGGGCUACAACAGCGGCAUCGUCUUGGUCGACAUCGAGAGGCUCAGGAACUCCAAGAUCAUUAGCAGAUACUUGUCUCGAUCAACACUCACAGAGAAGACAAAACAGUACAGCUUCCAGGGCCACUUGGGGGACCAGGACCUGUACACGCUUAUUGCCUUCGACCACCCUGAGCUCUUCUACACUCUCCCCUGUGGCUGGAACCGACAGCUGUGUGAGUGGUGGAGGGGGCAUGGGUACCAGACAGUGUUCAACCAGUAUUUCAACUGCACGGGCGAGCUCAAGAUCAUACAUGGGAACUGCAAAACCGAAAUUCCAGAAAACUUGUGAUAUUGUCCAUGCCCUCCACUGGUAUGGGACCAGCAUUGUUGACAGUCGUUGGCUUUUACAUACCUCAGCAAAGGAAAUUGGGUAAAACAUUCCUAUCAUAAGUUAUUGAUGUAAACCUUCAUAUUGGAAAAUCUCACCAAAUGUGUAGGCAGUCCUUCCACAAUACCAUAAAUGUUUUUAUAUGACCUUUCUUAAAAAAAACAACACAUAAACACAACCAAGGUAAGAGAGUGGUCCUCUGUUAGUAGCUUUCUGCUGUGAUAAUUCUUUGUUCCCUACCUGUGCUGUGAUCUCUGGUAAAGGAAGAUGGAAAAGAUCUUUUUAUAUAUUGCGUCGGCUUUUUAUAAAGUGUAUGGAACGGUAAUGUAACUAAGGACAUGCUAAAUAGUGUGGCAUUAAUAAUAGGUGUGAGCUGUGGAUUGGAAAGCAAUAGGGUUUGCUUUUUUGUUUUUCAGAAUAUUAUAUAUAUAAAGUUUAAAGAUUCUUCGGCAAAAACAAUUUUUACCUCAAUUUUGUACAAUUUGAAAUAACAGUUUACAGCUGUUGGUUGCUAAGUAGGCAAUUGCAUUGUAUUAUGAGGAGGUGUAGACAAAAGUUUUGAUAUUUUUAUUUUCAUUAUCAUUGUAGUUAAACUGAAUUGCCUGGGCAUAGAAAAGUGUAACUUGGAGCACAUACUUCUCUAUUUUUUUUUAAUACCAUUUGUAAUAUUUAAAGGCUGUGAGUUGUGUUCAAGGCAAUGAAUAAUCUAACAAGAGAACAAGUAAAUGUUCGGUUUAUCUGUCUGAUGCUCUUUUGUCCUUCUUGCCUCGUUUGGUUGUCUGGUUGCAUGUUUAUUUAAAUUUUUGUGCAUUUGUCUGUAUGCCUACACCUAUGAUCUUGCAGUGAAUGAGUGAAAGAACGGUGUGUGGUGUGGUGUGUGUGUGGUGUGUGUGUGUGGUGUGUGUGUGGUGUGUGUGUGGUGUGUGUGUGGUGUGUAUGUGGUGUGUGUGUGGUGUGUGUGUGGUGUGUGUGUGGUGUGUG